GAGUGACAGCCGUCAAGUCAAAUUUGGAUUGAGCAAACAAAAAGAAAAAUCAAAAAGUCGUGGUAGUAAUUUUUGGCGUCCUCCUUUCCCAGCAUUCGCUUUCCCUUUCACAGUAGAAAAAUCAACCAAUUCAUACAUACAUAUUACAGAGAGAGAGACCCAGAAAAAAGGGGGAUACCCACUUUCUCAAUGGACACUGCAGCAGCUGAUAGGAUCAUUGAAAAGCUAAUAGAAGUCCGAUCAUCGAAGCCUGGAAAGUUGGUGCAGCUGUCCGAGUCUGAAAUCAAGCAACUGUGUGUUGCCUCUCGUGAUAUCUUCCUCAAACAGCCCAAUCUCCUUGAACUUGAAGCACCCAUCAAAAUUUGCGGUGACAUUCAUGGGCAGUACAGUGACCUGUUGAGGCUUUUCGAAUAUGGUGGUUUUCCUCCGAAGGCUAACUACUUAUUUUUAGGUGAUUAUGUAGAUCGUGGCAGGCAGAGCUUGGAAACAAUAUGCCUCUUGCUUGCCUACAAGAUUAAGUAUCCUGAGAACUUUUUUCUGCUUAGAGGAAACCAUGAAUGUGCUUCAAUAAAUAGGAUAUAUGGGUUCUAUGACGAAUGUAAGCGCCGGUUCAACGUGAAACUGUGGAAAUCCUUUACGGACUGUUUCAAUUGUCUUCCUGUGGCAGCACUUAUUGAUGAGAAGAUACUAUGCAUGCAUGGGGGUCUCUCGCCUGAUCUUUCUAGCUUGGAUCAGAUAAGAAACUUACCACGUCCAACUUCCAUCCCCGAUACCGGUUUGCUUUGUGAUUUACUUUGGUCAGAUCCUGGUAAAGAUGUGAAGGGGUGGGGGAUGAACGAUAGAGGAGUUUCAUACACCUUUGGCCCUGAUAAAGUUUCUGAGUUUUUGUCAAAGCAUGACUUGGACCUUGUCUGUCGUGCCCAUCAGGUCGUGGAAGAUGGUUAUGAAUUCUUUGCUGAGAGGCAGCUUGUCACCAUUUUUUCAGCGCCCAACUACUGUGGAGAGUUUGACAAUGCCGGUGCUAUGAUGAGUGUUGAUGAAAACUUGUUGUGCUCUUUCCAAAUUCUUAAGCCAGCUGAGAAGAAAAAUAAGUUUAUGAUGUGAUCAAAGAUGCUUCCUACUUUUACAGAGAGUAAUUUGCUGUGAAGCAGAGGUCAUGAUAUCGUCUGCCUUCAAAGGUUGUUGAAGGAGCAAAGACUGCCGUGCUUGGUGCUUAUUCCAGUUAGUUUGUUACUGUGAACUGGGUAUGAGCACCGGCAGGAAGGCAUUGUAGAACCUCUAUAUUUGUUCUGGCACAAAACAGUCUAACAUGUACUAAAUAUAUUAUUGAGAAAUUUUAUUUGCACUUGGAUGGAUAGAAGACUAGACAUUUGUGUACGGAAACCAACAUCUCUUUUGCCAAACUCCAGUAAGAUGGGGACCUAGGGACAACUGAGAGAUCGCGUAUUAAGGUGCUGACACACAUAUUAGGUCUAUUACGUUGAUGUUUAAGAUGCGAAGGAAAUGUCUACUCUUUUGGUUGAUCAAAAUGAUUUUAGAUUCAGCUGCUGCUUGGCCUCAGGCAGUUGGGAAAUUUUGUGGCCAUAGUUUUGCUAACAGAUAGUGCUUUCUCA